AAAAAACUACUUUUAAGAUUUCGACUACGUUUGGUCUGACGAGUAUUAUUUGGGUUUUUCUUGCUGUUGAACCCAGAAAAUGUAUAAGUAUAUGGUUAUUAAUGACGUUUAAUGCUAAUUAAUGCAGCGUUAGAGCGUUCGACCGAGUCUCAACCGGAUGCGUGCUCUUGUACUUCUUGAAAGGGGUUAGGCCAGACGCCUGGCAACCCAACCCAGCCUUUUUCAGCUACAUCACGCAGGCCGUCGCGUAUCUUUGUCUACGGCGUGUUCGCGCUUUGAUUUUAAAAGGCUUGUGACCAGAUAUGGCUGAUGAGGGGUAUGUUAUACGAAUCAGGGGUCUCCCCUGGUCCUGUUCUGUCGAUGAAGUACAGAGAUUUUUCUCAGAUUGUAAAAUCCUUGGCAAUGGGGGUGGCGGCGGCAUCCACUUCACCUCCACAAGAGAGGGUCGUCCCAGCGGAGAGGCGUUUGUUGAGCUGGAAGCAGAAGACGACCUCAAGCAAGCCUUGAAGAAGGACAGAGAAACAAUGGGGCACAGAUAUGUGGAGGUGUUUAAAUCAAACAAUGUGGAGAUGGAUUGGGUCAUGAAGCACACUGGUCCAAAUUGUCCAGAGACAGCAGGAGAUGGGCUUGUGCGAUUACGAGGCCUCCCCUUUGGUUGCAGCAAAGAGGAGAUCGUCCAGUUUUUCUCAGGGUUGGAAAUCGUGCCAAAUGGGAUAACAUUGCCGGUGGACAUCCAGGGGAGGAGUACGGGGGAGGCCUUCGUGCAGUUUGCUUCACAGGAUAUAGCUGAAAAGGCUCUAAAGAAACACAAGGAAAGAAUAGGGCACAGGUACAUUGAGAUCUUCAAGAGUAGCCGUGCUGAGGUGAGAACCCAUUAUGAGCCCCAGCGGAAGCCCAUGGGCAUGCAGAGACCGAGCCCUUACGACCGGCCUUCUGGUGGGCGUGGCUACAACAUAAUGAACCGGGCGGGCUCCUACGAUCGAAUGCGCCGCGGAGGCUACGGAGGUGGUGUGUCGGGUGGACGAAGAGCUGAAAUCAGAUUUGGCGUUUCGGAUGGCCGGUACAACGACAGCGGCUCAUCCUUCCAGAGCACAACAGGCCAUUGUGUUCACAUGAGGGGCCUACCUUACAGAGCCACUGAAUCAGACAUCUACAUUUUCUUCUCCCCACUGAAUCCAGUGCGGGUUCACAUUGAGGUUGGCCCCGACGGCAGGGUGACCGGCGAGGCCGAUGUUGAGUUUGCAACACAUGAGGACGCAGUGGCCGCCAUGUCCAAAGACAAAGCCAACAUGCAGCACCGCUAUGUUGAGCUGUUCUUAAACUCAACAGCAGGUGGCAGUAAUGGCGCCUACAGCAGCCAGAUGAUGGGGGGGAGCCAGUCGUCUUACAGUAGUGGCCAGCUGAGCUCAGGCUAUUCUGGUGGAUACAGCAGCCAAGGAAACAUGGGUGGCUACAGUGAUUAUAGUAACCAGAGUGGAAUGGGAAGCAGUUACUAUGGUGGUGGUGGAGGCAGUAGCAGAAGCUCCAUGAAUGGACUUGGUGGGGGGUGGGGAAUGUAAUCUUCUUUCCUUUUUUUUUUUUUUUUUUUUUUUUACCAUUGUUGUACCGUUUUGUUAGGAUUUGUUUUAACUCAGCAUUUUGCUCCAAUGACCGGAAAUCUCUCACCCGUAAACAUGGUAAUGGUCAAGAUGGGGUUUUGAACGUGUUGAAGGGUCGGCUUUGUAAUUUUUUUAGUGUAUGGUCCUGAGAUGGAAUAGAAAUUUGCUAUCACAGUUGUCACCCACUCCUCUGUUUGUCAGUUCACAGGACAAGGAUGCUCCAUUUCCAAUACCAGAAUUGUUUUUGUUCUCCACACACCCAAAUUGAAAUAGUGUUGCUUGUUUAAAACAUUUUGUAUGUCAGAGUGCAUGAACAAAUCUGUUUUCGACCUUAUUUCAAUUUUUAUAACAAUGCUUUGUUUAAUUUACUGUGGUCAAGGUAAAUCAAAAUUCCGCAUUGACAUUUGCAGCAUGUUAAGAUGUGACCAGUUAAAAGGCACUUUUUCUUGACUGGAACCAUCGGGAGCAACUUAAUCUGAAAUCAGUUGUCAUGACCUCCUGUCUUCUGCCUCUAAUGCUGUUUAUAUUUUCUGUGAGCAAAGUGAAUAAACUAGUUGGACUGUCAUGAAAA